AUGACACCGUAUUCCCAUACAUCCGCUACCAAUAACACGACUUGGUGGAUGAACGGGGAGGAUCGACCUGGUGAAUUUGAUUCGUUGUUCUUUGCGCAAGACAGCCUGAACAUCCCAUCGGACACCACAGAGAGAGCUAUUUCAUUCACUGAUGCUGAUUCUGCGCAGCGCUGCUCGUGCCGUUUCCAACGCCCAUUCUCUGGGCAGCAAAGACUUUACGAGAACAGUGCUCGCACCUAUGCGAAUUUCCUCAACGAGAUCAAUGGUGCACCUGGCAUCAGCUUGACACGUCUGAAUGACAACGUCGGUACGAGCUAUGAUGAACACCUGUAUACCUUCGAUCCGGUGCACCUCGGUGCCAGACGCUCGGUACAUGUUUCAAGACAAUCCAGCGCAGACAUGUUUCCUGGCUACCGUCUAGUAUCACUCCAAGAUGCAACAGAGCUCUUCACAGCCGGGGUGCACGUUCUGUGCCUUGUAGACACGGGAGCAGGCCCAUCGCAGACGAACACGACGGAACCCGCUCCCUACACCUCGGAAUGGAGCACAACUCUUGUCCCUGUCGCCUCACCCAGCAAUGCUAUACGUGCUCCGGCACUUGCGGUUGACGGUUCUACCUCAGUCGCGUCCAUCCAAAGUGUGGUCUACCCGCCUGUUGUCGACCCGAGGCGUACAACACACGCGAUGGGUAGUGAAAUGUCGAUGGCCGCCAGCCAAGGCCCCAUGCCCGUACCCCAAACGGGCCCACUAGAGACAUCCGUCGACGCCCACACCGUGCCUCGAGACGCCUCAAAGAUACUUGUGUGCGGGCAAAAUGUGGCGGUGGAAGCGGCAUUCAAUACGACGGAGAUGUUGGACAGAGGCAUGCUUACCGGUACCUAUAAUCACGGGCAUUCCGGCAUUUGCGGAAGCUCCCCCCCAGGAUGCGCCGUGGACGUGCUCGAGCCCGCGCGUCGCUUGCAGAGCUCUCAAUCCCAAGGCGAGCGUGUUUUGGCAACGAAGAUCUGCGAAUGGGCCGGGUGCAAUGCGCGGCUCGACGACGCUUCGGCGAGCAGCGUCCGCCGCCACUUUGAGGAGCACCAUGCCGCGGACUACCGCGCGAAUAACGAAGACCGCGACGCGAGGCAGCAGCUGGUGUGCCGGUGGGGACAAUGCAAGAGAAAGGUGAAGAGGGGGAGUUUUAUGAAGCACAUCCGCACCGUGCACCUCCGUAUGACGGAGGUAGUAUGCAAGGGCUGUGGGCGGGUUUUGGUCAGACAGGACGCUCUCGCUCGGCACCAGGCGAAAUUUGGACACUAG